UAGGUACCUGAAAAUACUUAUUAAUACUUAAAUAAGCGGAAAUAAAGCAUUCUAAUCGAGUUAAAUGAAGAGACUGGGCGACAUAGAAGUAACUUAGUCAUGGAAGGUAGAAAGAGUCCUACUAACAAUGUCGGCUUUUCAGCUCAGUUCUCUGUUGAGUCUGAGCAGUGCUGCUUGCAGCCGCUUCUGCAGGCAGGAAGCGGCUUCCAGGAAGACUGCAGCUCCCCGCAUCACCAUCUCAGGAGUUUAAGCCUCUUUGACUUAACAGGGGAUAAUCAAGCGCAAGGGCGAAGGGGUCCUGAUGAAGUUACUCCUACAAAAGUCUCAUGUUCAAGCGAUGGGGUUCCAAGACCAGACACGCCUGAUCAGAAUAACAAACGAUUGUUUGAAGCUCUAAGACAUCGAGAUGUGGGACAAAUAGAAAGACUGCUAAAAGCUGGAGCUGACCCAAACGCGACAUGUGGCGUAGACUGUAUAUCAGCCUGUCACCUGGCUGCCUUGAGGUCUGACGAUGCCCUCUCCUUUCUCCUCGAGGCUGGAGCUGAGAAGAACAGGCAAGAUAGACUUGGUCGGACCCCACUACACCUUGCAGCUUGGACAGGGAACAUCAGGCAGAUUGCCGUCUUGCUUGGCCUAUCUGAAGAUUUACAGAACAGACUUGGGGUAGUACAUGGCAUGAUAGCAGCCGAAGAUGAAGUUAGGAAGCUGAGUCAGAACCUCAGGGAUUUGGUGAACGUCGAGUGUGACUUUGGCCCGGGCAACAUCCAGCUGCCUUCUUACUGGAACAACACUACAGAUCAUAACUGCAGAGGGGUUGAAAAGGGCCUGCCAGUGCUUCAGCUGGGCUGGACGGCGCUGCACGUAGCGAGCGCGCGCGCACAUCACCGCUGUGCACGCUUGCUGAUCGCGGCCGGCGCCGACCCAUGUGCGCGAGACCGUGUUGGCAGAACUCCCCUCGACGUUGCUGGCUCCGCCCACUAUUCCAACCACAAUAUUAAGUGCCAUGAUUUCACAGAAUUGGUGUCGACACUUAUCAACGCGAACUGCAACAACUUCAGUAGCCAAGACAAGCAGAUGCCUGAAUCACCACUCCACACAGCAGUUGAGUUGGGUUGCUUGGAUGCAGCUACACUGCUCGUGGUCAGUGGAGUGCCAGUUGACUGGCUAAAUCGAACAGGCCAAACCGCGCUCCACCUAUGUGUUGAAAAGAAACUUUCGGAAUUUCUGCAGAAUUUAGCAAGGCAUGGAAUAGAUGUGAAAAACAAAGAUAAACAAACGGUACUUCAUAAAGCUGUUUUGGAAGGUUGGGAGACUGGUGUGAGAAUAGCUAUAGAAAAUGGAGCAGACAUCACUGCAAGAGACAACAAACAUGAAACACCAAUACAUUCAGCAGCAAUUAUAGGUAAUGUGGAAAUUCUUAAUCAUAUUAUAAGUGCGGCAGCCGAUCAUAAUAUUAUAGAUGCAACCAACAGUCAAGGAGAAACUGCUCUCGUCAAAGCUGUCGUCAACGGCCAUCUUGAAUGUGUGAAGAAGCUUCUUGAAGAAGGAGCUGAUAUUACAAAAACACUGCGAAAUCAAAAUAACCUGUUUCAUAUAGCCGCCGAAAAAGGGUACCAAGAAGUACUCAGAGUCUUAUUAGACCACGACUAUACUGUCACUAGAAAAAUAAUUAAUAAUCUAACGGCGGACGACAAAAAAGGUUACGGUCCUAUUCAUUUUGCAGUGCAGAAUAAUCAUCUUGAAUGUGUCCGAACACUUUUAGCUCACAAUGCUAACAUCGGACUAAAAACUAUUGAGGAACAUAAAGGCUCUACUCCAUUACACAUAGCUGCAAGAUAUAACCGUGUGGAAAUCGCAAAGUUAUUAAUAGAUAAUAACAGAGACACUGUACAUUUUAAGAAUGAUAUAGGAUUUACUCCACUGCACUCAGCCGCUCGCUUUGGACAAAGGGACAUGAUCAAACUUCUUCUCAAAGAAGGAGCGGAUUUGGCUUCACGUACAAACAAUUCCACUACAGCAAUAGAUGUGAUUAUGAACCAUUUGUUCAAACCAACAGAGUUUAUGGAGAAUGUCUUUGAUUCGUGCAUUUCUACAAACAAUUUAAGCCUCGAAGAUGCUAAUUGUAAAGUCACAGUUGACUACAAUAUUUUGAAACCAGUAAUAUAUGAAGAAAAUAUGAAAGUGAUAGUUGCGCUUUUACAGACAGGGAAUAAGUAUGACCAGAGACGCCUAUUUAUACAUCCCUUAAUAGAAAGUUUUCUUUAUAUUAAAUGGAUGGAUACGCCGAUACUACUCCUGUUCCUAUUUUUAACAAUAAUUCAUUACUUAUUUUUAAUAUCAUUUACCCUUUAUAUCAUGGUUGUAUUUUUGACCAACGAUUUAGGUCAUUAUUCGCCUCGUCAUUAUGUCUGGUCAACAAUCUUGUUCAUCGGUAUAGUCUUGUUAGUUUUACAGGAAACGCUUUACAUAAAAGUGAAAUUCAGGUACUUACGCCAGAUAGAAACUUGGGUGCGGAUUUUUUUUGUUAUCACGGGUCUUAUAGUUCUGUUCACUACUGUAAUGGGUUUAACAGGUGUAGAUAUACCGAGACACAUUGCCUCUGCGGUCAUACUGCUGUCAUGGUUAGACAUGACAUUCCUUCAAUACCACUUUCAUGAUUAUGGAUACUAUGUAUUUAUGAUGGAGAAAGUGACUGCCAGCACUGUGAAGGUAUGGAGUAACCUCUACAUACGCUUAUGUGAUGGCCCAGACGACCAUUUAAUUCUCGUGUCCAACAUUUACUUGCAGGUUUUGUUCACUUUCGCCUUCCUGAUAUUGGCGUUUUGUAUAAUCUUCAUGCUCCAGUUCAAGUUUCAAGAGCCUUUCGACGGACCCUUCAGCGCACUCGUGAAAGUCAUAGCAAUGAUGUUUUCUGAACUCGAUUAUCAAACCCUGAUGAAACAAAAUAAAUCCAAAGAGUUCGCUUUGACUGUAUUACGAAUAACUAUGUUUGUAUUUAUAAUUUUCGCAACUAUAGUGACAAUCAUAGCAUCGACCGCUGUGAUUGAACCUCAAAAAAUAAGAUUGUCAGUUCGAAUCAGAAUAAUGAAGAAACGAAUAGAAUUUUUGGGAUCCCUAGAACUUUUCAUACAAAUGAAAUUCGUUCAGAAAAUCCUGCCGAAGUGGAUGGACAAAAUUUUGAAAGAGAAAAAACGUAAUAUUACUAGAUAUAUUCUCACCCCUAGUGUGCCAAAAUCUAAUCGAGCUGUGCCAUGCUCUGUUCGAGAAUCGAUUUGUGCGAUAGCUGAAAACCAAAAUAACAAAGGGAUGACGAAAUAAAACCAACAAAAGAAAAACUAUCUGCUUUGGAAAAAUAGAUACCUUGCAGAACUGCCAGAUCGAAGGUAUUAAUUACAGGAAGCCAGAUGUAAAAUUGGGAUGGAACCGCCAUGUUUCUGUUUUGAUGCACCAUUGAUAGCUUACCCCACUUACUUUGAUUGCCUAGUUGGUCUAGCUGUCGUAAGGGCGGCUGCUGACUUCGAGGUUCGAUUCCCGGGUCGGGCCAAAAUCGCAAAGCAGCCCGGAGUUUGCAAGUUAGUGAUUGAUACACCCGCGAAUCGGAGAGCAUGUUGAUGUCGGUGCUGCGCCUGAUCUGACUACGGUCGUGUCGGAUUGCUCCCGUCCUAUCGGGCUAUGAGAGUGAAGGAAUAGUGAGUGUCUGCGUAAGUGCUUGUGCUCCUUAAUAUGUUCUACGCAGUUGGCUACUCUCCUUAUAUGAGAACAGCCGCCGUAAGCGAUAAUUGGCUAAGGCAACAUCACCAGUAACCACUUUGACUGUCUUUAUGAAAACUUGCUUAAGGAUGGUCAUACAUAUAAUGGCGUCCACGGUCGAUUUCGGCCACGGCGGCUGUUCUCAUUUAAGGAGAUCAGCCAGCUGUGACAUAUUAUAGUGCACGAGCAUUUGCGCAGACACAGGUGCACUCCCUAUUCCUUCACUCUCAUAGCGCGAUGGGACGGCAAUCCGACGCGACCGGAAAGAGAUUAAGCGCAGGACCAACAUUUACGUGCUCUCCGAUGCACGGGUGAAUCAAUCACCAACUUUCAGACUACGGGCUGCUUUGUGAAAGUUCAAGAAAACCCACAAAGCGAUUUCGGCCCAACCCGGGUCAUACAUAGCAUUGGUUAAAAACAUCAUCCACCGAGCCUUUUUCCCAACUAUGUAUGGGGUCAGCUUCCAGUCUAACUGGAUGUAGCUGAGUACCGUGCUUUACCUCAUUGGUUUAUAUUUUAUGUCAUUGGUUGAUAGAUUGGUUGGUGUAGUUGUAGCUUGGCACAAAUCAUUUCUUUUUGGGAAAUUAUAAGUGUAGCCGCAAAAUUAUUUAUUGGACACAUGAUUAAACUUCUAAUUUUAUAACUAAGCAACGGGGAAAUGACAUACCCUCUAAUAAACUAAUUCGUCUUUUUUACAACGCCAACUAAAUAUUCUAUAGAAAGCUUCAAGUAAAGAACAUCAAUUAUUGUGACUUGUCCUUCUUAUUUAUACAUUGUCAUCUAAUUUACUAACUCGGCCUCGUUUUUAGUAUAUUGACUAUUUAUAACCUUUAAUUACAAAAACAUUGUAUUAAAAAUUUAAGUUAGUGACGAAAACGAAUCGCUGCAAAACCGACUCCACGUAGUCUUGUAGAGUAUAUAUCGCCGCUUUUAUAUGUAUGCCGUCACAUUGAUGGUGAGCGGUCUUAGUAGGUAUUUGUAAUCGAAACUCAUAUACAAUAUAUUGUUUUUUUUUUAAUAUAGUUUAACUUAACAAUAUCAAAUUAGGAAAAGUCAUAAAAUAUGAUAAGAAACAGGGACACAGUUUGUGAAAUAUGAAAUUGACAAUGAAAUUGCCUUGCCGCCAAUUUGACUGCCUUGGUAUUUCAAGUGUGAACAUGGGGUAUCAAAAAGCACGGAUAAAAGCGAGCCGAUGAUACUAUUUAAGUACCUACUCUUUAUCUAUGCGUAAAGUUCCCUAAAGAUGUGGGCAAAACCACAGGAAAAACUGAUAAUAUUAGAAGUACAUUAUAUACAUAUGUAUGUGCAAAAUUAAGUAAUAGAAUAAUUCACGCUUACAUUCAAAAAACCAGUCAAGCGAGAGUGACACUCGCACACGAAGGGUCCCGUACAAUAAUCUAUUGAACAACAAGACAAGGAAGGGAAAAUAGCAAUGGCUUAUUUGGCCUUAUUUAAUGUGCUGGUUCAAACCCUACAGCGACGCAAACUUUUUAAGUUUUUACAUUGUUAUUUUAUUCAGUUUUAAAAGUAAUGUAGGUACUCAAUAUGCAAUUGAUAAAAAUUAUGUAAUUGAUAAAAAGGUGAAGGAAAACAUCUUGAGGAAACCUGGACUAUAUAGUCUGAAAACACCAAUCCGCAUUAAGCAAGCGUGGUGAUUGAUGAGGCCUGUGCCCAGCAGUGGAUCGGUUAAAAGGCUGUAACAGCAACUGUAACUCAAUAUGCUGUCAUUCCAGCGUCUACCUGUCAAAGUUUUUAAUAUUGAGCAAAAAUUAGCAGAAAAUCACGUAGAGUAUAAAAUGUAAGUAUAUUUGUGUCAGUUCGCGGUAAAAGGUACCUUAUGGGUGUUGGCACUUACGACAUUAUGUUUUUUUAGUCUAAGCAAGAUUGUAGAAUUUGUAUCUCCAAAUAACUUAAGCGCCAAAGUCCAUAAGGUACCUUUUGUCAUGAAAUGACACAUUUAAUUAUAUUUUCCGUAUUUUUUUUUGUUAUAAUGGCAACAGAAAUACUCUACUAUCUACAUACACAUAUAUAAUCUGUCUAUCAUGAUUUAUGAGAUGUAGCCUGGCGACAGACGAACUCUAAAGACUUACUUUCAGCCAGUUUCUUCAUCAAAAGUAAAAGCCAAAGUAAUGUCAUAAAGUAAAAGUAACUUUCAAAUUCGUUUUUGCGAGGCUAAAGUAACAGCAAAACUAAUAGAUAAAACGUAUUUGACCGUUACUUUUACUUUAUGCCAUUACUUUGGCUUUUACUUUUGAUGAAGAAACUGGCUGUUAGUCCGUAAAUAUCGUCCUUAUUUACCUUUAGGGCACGGAACCCUAAAAAUACGUUAUGAUACACACACAUUGUACGACCACAAUUAUUAUUUUGUCUUUAGCGGUUUCAAUAUAAGGAAAAUUGAGUAUCUAUAGGUAUUGUCAAUAAACAAUGAUUUACACAAAGCAAAUUAGUAUUUGAAUGUAUCUUUUAGCAUAGACACGAAUAUAACAAUGUUUAGAAUGAAGAAAAUUAUAGGCCGCGACAAAAAUAGUGUGUCUUCAUCUUCUGACGUUACAGGUACCAAAGUUUUUUUUAAUAAAGUUUGUUUCAUGUUAAAACAGCUCGGGGCUAAGUAACUAUGCCAAUUAAUCUUAAAUAAAACUAAGUAUCAAAACUUUCCUUGUAUAAAGUAUAGUUUUUUCUUGUAUAAUAUAUGUAGAUUUUGUGUGUAGGUACGAAAUAUGAUACCUACAACUUAUCUAAAUAAAAUUCUAGCUGGUUCAUGAAACGCUUGAGUUAUUUACCAAGUCGCUAACAAAGGACCUUGUUUAUUUUCCUUCAGUAUUUUUACUGAUAAAUAAAAACAAAUAAGUACUCAAAAGUAUGUGUUUAGUUAUAUCCUUAAAUGAUGAUGUCCUCCUGAGCAAUUUGGACGCGAACUCGAAGCUACGCGGUGUUUCGCGAAAGCAAUAAAAAUCGGCUUAUUAUAUUCCUGGUGACUAAUAACUUAAAAGUCGACAAAUUUUGGCAACAAAUAAAAUAACUUGCCAGCGAUUAAAUAUUUUCGCGACUAUUAUAAUAUGUAAGGUUCAAAAUUAAGGGUGUUAUAAAAACUAAAAACUAGCAGCUGCGUUUGGGUAGCAAAUAAACUAUACCAGUCAAUUGAAAUAUUAGGUGAGGAGCUAUUUAUAAUGACUUGGCGACUAAUAAUGUUAGUUGGGUGGCAAAGAUAAUAUGUUACCAACUAUUUCGUGCCGACUAAAAACCCAAUUUCAGGCUUCGCUUUGUGGAUAGCUCUAAAUAUUAAAAGGAGUACAAUAAAAAGGAAUAAGAGUUAAUUAUUAAUAUUGUGUAUCAUAAUUUCAUGAAAACGGCGGAAGGUGCGAUGGUAUUAUGUCACUUGGCGCACUAUGAAGAUGGUAGAAUUUAAUUUGGAUUCAUUUUAUUUAGCAUAUUGCCAUUUAUAACCUUCAAUUAAAAAACACUGUAUUAAAAAUUGAAGUUAGUGACGAAAACGAAUCGCUGCAAAACCGACUCCACGUAGUCUUGUCUGUCCUACCCCUAGAGUGCAAUUCAAAACCGCGUAGGCGCGGAGGGGCGAGGCGGCCUGCGAGCCGCCGCGGCUGAGGCUGGCCGGCCCUGCCGGCCAGCAAGCCGAAGCUGCGGUGGUGAGCGUGAAAACCAUCUGCGACGAUAAGCUCGCAUGGGACCGCCGGAGCCGUGACAGAAGUCAUGCUUGCUGCAUGUUGCAUACUUACUUCCAUGCUAUUCACCUAUAAUUUUGAAAAUAACAGCCGCAAAAUAUUUUUUCUUCAUGACAUUUUAGAUUUUAUUUAAAGCUAUUAAAAAGUCGCACAAUAUAUUUAUAAUAUGAGCUAGUUUAUAUUUAUUCUUCAUCCAAACAAUUUUAAAUAGAACCUGAUUUGUAUUAUUUAUGAAUGCCCAUUUUCUAUUUUAUUGUCAUCAUUAAGUUUUCGCUUAGAUAUUAAUUCAGUCGCCAAAAGAAAAACUUGAUGCUAGUUUAAAUUAAAACGGACCUCAUAACUGAUAUAUUGAUAUGCUACCUUUGACUUAUUAUGAUACUCCUUUUUAGCUGCCAACCCAUUAUAAAUGUUACCCACUCUAUUAUUUCUUAAAACCUAUAUUCGUUUUACUUAGUCGCCGCGUUAAAUACAUGCCAUAAAAAUCCUUGUUUUUUUUAUGUGUCUUACGUGGCCUACGCUCUCCUAACGAACCAAAUUGUCUCCUAAGAAAGUAAUGCACCAAAACGCGGGGUUUUCGGGGUACGAGGAACGUUACUGUUUUCGCCCUUAUUCUUUGGAUUCGAUAUUUUUUUGUAAUACCAAAAAUCUUUGACAGAUAUCUUUUACAGUGACAAAUAUCUUAAAGAACACGAACGCCUCGAUAGUUCAUUUGAAACUGAUCGUUUUGGCUAAAGGGCUUAUUACAUUUGACUAAAUUCAGUCGUCUAAUUAGGUUUGUCUAAUUAGGUUUCUAAAUGAUUCAAUGAAACCUUCCUAAAUGCGAUUACAUUUGACUGAAUUUAGUGACUGAAUCAUUUAGACGACUGAAUUUAGUCAAGUGUAAUAAGCCCUUUAGCCCAACAUAGGAAUUUGACUUACAAGAAAGCGCCUGACCUACCUGCACUAUGCCAUCUCCGCUCAUCUUCCUUAUUCCGUGGGCGUUCCGUAUUGCCUGAAUUCGCUUCGGAUCGCGUGAAUUCGUCCACGUAGGACGCGUAUUUUAGUUAUUUUUCUCAAUUUUCUCAAUUUUAGAUAACGCGACAGUCUCGCAUAGUGGAUGCGACAAAUUGGACGUUGUGACCCACAGAAUAAAGUCGAGAAGUUUGGACAACAGAACAUCGCAGAG